AUGGUCGUUGACGCCCAGACCAGGUUAGUCGGGCCGUCUCGGUGUUCUGGGAGGGUUGAGGUCUACCAUGAUGAAGUCUGGGGGACGGUGUGUGAUGACAGCUGGGACCUCAGCGACGCCGCGGUUGUCUGCAGGCAGCUGGGAUGCGGCUCCCCAAAGAGUGCCCCCACGGUCGCCUACUUUGGUGAAGGAACCGACCCGAUCUGGCUGGACGACGUGGCCUGUGCAGGAACCGAGAGCAGCUUGGCUGAUUGUCUCCACAGAGGAUUUGGAAGCCAUAACUGUGGACAUGGAGAAGACGCUGGUGUCAUCUGUGAAGGAGAAGCCCAGUUCAGACUGGCGGGUCCAACCCGGUGUUCAGGGAGGGUGGAGGUCUACCAUGGAGACGCCUGGGGGACGGUGUGUGAUGACGGCUGGGACCUGAGCGACGCCGCGGUGGUCUGCAGGCAGCUGGGCUGCGGCGCGGCGCUCGGCGCUCCGACCUCGGCCUACUUUGGCCAGGGAACCGGGGAGAUCUGGCUCAGCAACCUGAGCUGCUCAGGAAGGGAAGUCAGCCUGUCCGGAUGCUCCAACCCGGGGUUCGGCAUUCACGACUGUGAUCACAGUGAAGACUCUGGCGCCAUCUGUGCUGGAGCCCAGAUCCGGUUGACCGGUCCAACCCGGUGCUCCGGGCGGGUCGAGGUUCUGUUCAACGGCACCUGGGGGACGGUGUGUGAUGACGGCUGGGACCUGAGCGACGCCGCAGUGGUCUGCAGGCAGCUGGGCUAACCCUAACCCUAAGAGGAAAGAAGAUCAGGUUUUCUCCGUUGCUGCUCCUAUUCUGAGGAAUAAUCUACCUUUCCAGAUUAGAUCUGCCCACAGCCUGGAUCAUUUGAAAUCGUUUCUUAAACCUCAUUUUUAUUCUUAGGCAUUGAAUUGAGGCCUGAUACCGUAGCUCUUCUGUUAUUAUUUUUAACAAUAUAUAUAGAUUUUUUUUCUUGUAUUAUUUCUCUUUUUCUUUUCAUCAACUUACUUUGUUAUUGUUUUUGUACAGAACUUUGGUGCAGUUCUACAUCUGUGUUUAAAGUGCUAUAUAAAUAAAUUUGACAUUGACAAUGACAUCAGAGCCAUGAUGGACAUGAAGCUCUGUGUGGACGGCAGCAGAGAGAAACUUCCUGAAUGACCAACCCUGGAUCAGCAGGGACCUGAAGGAACCAAAGAGCCUUUAGGGAACGGGAUGGGGAACAGAAGCAGCUCCAGUCCAGAUUAGAGACAGAAGAACAGGAAGAACCUGGAGGAUAAACUGCAGAGGAACCAAAUCAGAGAAUCAGGAAGGAGGAAGAUGUUUGUCCAGAUGUUUGUCCAGAUGUUUGCCCAGAUGUUUGCCCAGAUGUUUCUCCAGAUGUUUGUCCAGAUGUUUGCCCAGAUGUUUGCCCAGAU